AAAAGAGGUAUUGACGAAGAAGAAGAAGACAAUUUGAAUAAUUGUGGUCCAUAUUAUGACAAAAUAGCAACCCCAACCCCAUAAUCUUACGCAUACGGAUCUCACUUAUCACAGAAACAUUCAUGGAAUCUUCUUGCUCCUCAAUUAUAUUCGCAUCUUGUCAUCCGCACGUCUCUGUAAAACUCUCAACCAUAAAUCAUGCGCACUGUACAGUUUUUUGCACACCCACAAACAGGGAAGAGGCUAAAUAAUAUCCAGUGCUGUGCAGUUAUCUCUGCAAGCACUGUAAUAUGUUGGCGUGCAUUUAUAACUGACUGAGUGGCUGCAUUUUCACUGUCUUUAAUUAAAAUGAAGAGAAUUGAAUCAGCUAAUUCACUUAAAGCCUGUUGUGGCUGUAUGUCUCCAGCAUUAAGAAUAGCGUAUGUUUGGGUAACUGCUUCUGGGUUGCCUCGGAAAUUAAAGCCCAAGAAAAAAAUUCCACAAUUGCCCCUUCUCUCUUCAUCGUCAGCUUCAUCAAUAAGAAAGCCCGCGCACCCUGUUGGGUUUCCUAAAGUCUAUUCUGUUCCACAUGGGCCUCGCCCAGAUUAUGAGGUUGAGUUACGGCAGCUACUCGAAUUAGUGCCCAAGAGAAUGAGGAAGACGCUCAGCGAGCAUCCCGAGAUUGGGGAAUUGAUUGAAAUUGUGAUGGAUUUGGGAAGGAGGCCUCUGGCUCGCUUUCCUGGUGGAGAGUGGACCAUUUCUCAGCAUCCUGUAACAUUCCAAGACCUGGAACAUGCAAUUUCAAUGGUGGGUGAUUUUGCAGAUGACAAUCGUGCAGGCAUUGAUCGAUCUUUGCAUCGUAUCAGUGCUAUUAGAAAUCGCAAGGGUUGUAUAAUUGGCCUAACAUGUCGUGUUGGACGGUCAAUGUUUGGGAGUGCAGAGAUGGUACGAGACUUAGUCAAUGAUGGGGGGUCUAUUUUGAUUAUUGGACCUCCAGGUGUUGGGAAGACAACUGUCAUCAGGGAGAUCGCCCGAAUGUCAGCAGAUGACUACAAGAAGCGUGUGAUGAUUAUUGAUACAUCAAAUGAAAUAGCUGGUGAUGGGGACAUACCCCAUGCAGGCAUUGGUCGUGCACGGAGAAUGCAAGUACCAAAUGUUGAUAUGCAGCAUAAAGUCAUGAUUGAAGCAGUUGAGAAUCAUAUGCCCCAAACCAUUAUAAUUGAUGAAAUUGGAACUGAGCUUGAAGCAUUGGCAGCUAGUACAAUUGCUCAGCGUGGGGUACAGUUGGUUGGAACUGCCCAUGGAAUGACUAUUGAAAAUCUAGUAAAGAACCCUUCUCUACAGAUGCUCCUAGGGGGUAUACAGAGUGUUACACUAGGUGAUGAUGAGGCAAAGAGGAGAGGAAUCCAAAAGACUGUACUUGAGAGACAAGGGCCAGCUGCAUUUAUUUAUGCUGUUGAAAUGACAUCAAGAACUGAAUGCAGAGUUCAUCACAGCUUGGAAGAAACUGUCGAUGCCAUUUUAGCAGGGAGAUCUCCCUUAUUUGAGAUCCGCCUGAUGGACAUGAAGGUGGACUAUAUUGGAAAUUCUGCUGUGACAAAAGAACUUGACUUUGUAAAGGACUCUACUGAGAGAAUCUCAGAAUAUUUAAAUUUGGAUUGUGAUCACGAGACAUGUGAUAAGAGUGAUGAUGAUGAAGGACAAUUUGAGCAUGAAAGUAGACAUGGGCUACUUGGGAGGGACAAAGAUUCACCACUUCUCCUAUACACUUAUCAGAUCACAGAAGCUAAUUUGCAACAAGUAAUAGAGGUAAUGGGGCUGGAGGGUGCAAUAAAAGUCACAAAUGAUAUUGGAGCAGCUGAUGCAGUGCUUGCUUUAUAUUCUAAGCUCAAGCAGAAUUCAUGGAUUCGGGGAGUGGCUAAAUAUCGGGGACUACCCAUAUUUGUGAUAAAGACCAACACAAUGGCAAAGAUUGUUAGGGCUAUGCAUACUAUUCUAGGAAUGAAGACUCUGGGCACUAGUUCUCCUUGGCCCUUCAAGCAAUUUCAGAAUGAUAUUGAAAUUUCAGAUGAAGCAGCUAAGAGAAGAACUUCUCGAGAGGAGAUUGAUGCUUUAGAGGAGGCCAGGCUUGCUAUCGAGUACAUUGUAUUUCCAGUAGGGGAGCCAGUGGAACUUCUUCCAAGAUGUCCUAAGAUUAUUGAUAGUCAAAUAAAACUGGUGGAGAGCUAUCAAUUAGUAACAGAAAAAUUGGGUACAGAGUUAGAUCCAAGAUUACAAAUCCUUCCUCCUACCCAGAAGUAAGAAGGAAAUACAUCUGCAUCAGAAAAUAGCAACUGCUACUAAACACUUUCUUCAAGAAUUGGAUAUUUAUCUAAAACUCCAAAUUUUGAAUAUCCAUUUAUUAUAUUCUUCUUGUACUAUUGAGUAUUUAUUGCACAAUCCUGAUUUCUUUGCACUGUAAAAAUUGAUGUUAUUACGUACAUUCUUCUCUAAAAUAAAAUCAGAUAUAGUGAUUACGUUUCCAAAGGAUUGAGUGAGGUUAUAUACCAUGUACAUUAUUGUCUAGUUUUAGGGUUCUUCUAUGUAAAGAGGAGCUUCCAAGAAACAGAAGUUGUUGGCUUAUUGCUUCUCUCCUCUAUCUAGUAUAUGUCUAUGAUUUUAUUACUCGUUCUCAUUUUUUCUUCCUUGGAGUGUCUUGAAGCCUAUUUUAUUAAGGCCAAGGAUGUUCACUGCC